AUGCUGCAAAUGGAAAUGGUCCUCUUCGUCUGCCUGGUGCUGUUGAUGUGUGUAUUUAGCCAGGAGCCCAGUUCCAAAGUGGUGGCCGACCGCUACGCCGUCUUCUGGAACCGGACCAACGCCAAGUUCCAUCGUGGGGACUACCACAUUGACGUGUGCAUAAACGACUACCUGGAUGUCUAUUGCCCUCACUACGAAGACACGGUGCUCGAGGAGCGGACGGAGCGCUAUGUCCUCUAUAUGGUUAACUACGAUGGCUACAGCACGUGCGACCACACCGCCAAGGGCUUCAAACGCUGGGAGUGCAACAGGCCGCACUCCCCGAACGGACCACUCAAGUUUUCAGAGAAGUUUCAGCUCUUCACUCCCUUCUCCUUGGGCUUCGAGUUCAGACCGGGCAGAGAAUACUACUACAUCUCCUCCACCAUUGCUGAGAACGGGAGAAAAACAUGCCUGAAGCUCAAAGUUUUCGUCCGACCAUCAAACAGCUGUGUGAAAACUAUAGGCGUACAUGACCGCGUUUUUGAUGUAAACGACAAAGUAGACAAUACAUUAGAACCACGAGACGAUACCAGCCACGAACCGGCUGAGCCUUCCCGAAGUGACGAAACAAAUGCUGCGCCCUACCUGCAGAAAACAUGUCCACUCCUGGCUUUGUUGCUGGUCUGCCUACCAGCACUCUUCACUUUAUAGCGCCUCCCUCUGUCCCAGAGGGCAUUAACACCUAGCGUGGCCUGAAUCUGCCCAAGGCUGCAGGGAAAGGGGUGGGAUUUGGGUGGAGUGUGUUUGCUUGAUUGGGCAUCAGAGCAGGCUUCUCAAGGAACCCUCUAUUUUUUUCAGAAAUAUAUUUAAGUGGUCUUUCUCCGUCUGUGAGUAAAAAAAAGUUGAUGUUGGAAGUGGGAGAGACAGUUCCCCCUCUUCAACCUUCAACUCAGAUGCCAAAUCCCGUUUUUUGACACUUAGUGAUUCUUAUUUUCCCGUAACUUUUUUGUGACAUCCCUUUACAUCAUGUUUAUGUCAUUGCAGCACAGAUGUUUACUCACACACACAUAGACAUAUACAGCACACACAUGCUUAGAGAGUCAAACGCAAAAAUCUGCUAGUCAAUAGCAGUAGGGUUUUAGUUGUAUACAGUAGCAGCAUUACACAGUAGGACAAUUAAGAUUCUAGGACUUAGAAAGGACUGUAUAUACACAAGUAAACAGUUGUCCCGAGACCUCUCAAGAAGCCUUUCAGAAAAUAUUUAGAUUAGUUCUGCUGGGUCAUAGGAAAGCAUGUUGUUGCGCCUCCAUUUUACUGCCAAGUGCAGUACAAAUCUGAAAGAAGGAAAAGAAGACGGUUUAAAGCAGAUGUUAGACUAGAAACUACAGCACUGAGAAAUACAUACAUAGCAUGCACCUUAACCAGACUUUCCUGGUUUGAAAAAUAGUGUCCAAUCUUCUCUCGAAUACAGAGUGUGCGUAUUAGGUGGAUAAGCUACUUAGAGCUUGAGUGAGUGGGUGUAAAACCCAUGGAACCAUGAGGCAACAUUUUCUUGUCCUCCUUUUGUAAAGCACGCUGACCUGCUCAAUAAAACACCUCUCAAAGCAUUUGGUUCACUCCAUCUCACAAAACAGCUAAAUUGAAACUUUCUCUCCAGACACUUUAUGGACUGCUUUAAGAUCGAGGAUCGAUAUCUUUUGAAAGUUGAUCACACAGUUUCACGGCAAGAGUCACAGUUAUUUUAUGCAAUGUUUACUGAGCUGGGCAGCAACUGUUCUCUCUCUUCCAUUUGAGUAUUAGUCGAUAUUAACACGCCCAUAAACAUUUGCAUCCACAGCUUUUUUUUCUCUGAUUCUGAUUGUUUUAAAAUGAUUCACUGCUAAAUUGAACACUUUUUUUUCUAAACCAUUAAGUUAUUUUACUUUGCCACUUGUGUCAAACAUUGAAGACACUGUAAACUAUGUAUUUAGUAUUUUAUUUUCCACUUAAAUGAGAAAAACAGAGGUCAUGGGAAAGUGUUUGAAAAGACACUUCAGUGCCAUACUCAUGUCUUUGUCCCUAAAACAUAACCACAGCUUUGACCAGCUCAUCAAAAAUUAGUUAGCUUGUUCUCACAUUCAGUUUUAUUGAAGCAGUUAGCGCAGCGUUUACAGGACUGAUGCCUAGCUCCAAUUAGUUGAAAACACAUUGUGUGAUCAGAGAAACUGUCAAUUUAAUUCAAGGCAAUGCACAGCUCUAUUUAGUCUAGCCAGGUUUAUGUUAGCACUUACAUUCAAAUUAAUUCACUGUGUUAUAAUGAUAUUCCGCUUCCUUCAGCUCCCACAGAUGCACAUGGCGAGUUAGCAUAAUGAAAGCUAUUAUGUCUUUUUUCAAACGAGAGGGACUUGUUUCUUUGCUUUCUAAGAAGUAUGGACAGAGAAAUUAACUCCGCUGAAGCCGACUUUCUUUCAGUCAGGUUUUUGUAUGAGAAAUAGGGCACCAAUUGGUUUGGAAAGACAGAUAGAAAGAGAGAAGUAGAGCAAAAAAAGGAAGAGCACAGGAGCAAUUGCAUGUCCACCUUCAGCUCCUAGUGUUACUGGUUUAAGUGACUCUUUAAUGAGGUUCAAAAUGACAGGCAUGUGCACCCCAUGUUGUGGCAAGGGGAGUUAUUUCUGGUAUUCAAAAUAGAUGGUGGAAGGCUUGGGGGGUCUCGGGAGGGUGGUGUAGAUUUCCACCAUGGGGGGUUUUAAAGCACCAAUGACCUUGCAGUCUGAGAGAAUUGGUGAGUGAAGGAGAGAAUUAAAGAGAGACACACACACGAAGAGAUAGAAAAGAAAUGGGAGGUAGCGGAAGGUAGUGUGACUAGAGUGCCUAACAAAACAAAACAAGACAAAACAACUUAAAAUCCAUGCAACACUACUG